CCUCGCUAUAAUAAAUUAGUAGUGCCUGUAAUUGCUAGUUAUGUGGUCGAUUUCUCACGUGAGCAAGUCAUGUUUACAAAUUUAUAAAUUCGAGGUGUACAUCAUCAUUGCCUACUUUAAUUUUAUUUUCUAUCAGUGAUUGCACACGAUCAAGUGUUCGAUGGAAAGUUGAGAGAACGCAUUGAGGUUAAAAGACGUGGAUGUAAUGUCGGGCCGCAUACAUUUGCCAUUCAAAUGUGAGAUUUGUCAUGAAUCAUUUGUAGUGGAAAGUGAGCUUGAACGUCACAAGGACACAGAACAUAAUCAAAGCCAACCCUUCGAAUGUGAGAUUUUUUCGGAUUCAUUUGGACAAGAAAAAGACCUCGAGGGUCACAAUUACUCAGAACAUAAUCAAAGCCAACCCUUCGAAUGUGAGAUUUUUCCUGAUUCAUUUGGACAAGAAAGUGACCUUGAGGGUCACAAUUACUCAGAACAUAAUCAAAGCCAACCCUUCGAACGUGAGCCUUUUUCUGAUUCAUUUGGACAGGAAAGUGACCUCAAGAGUCACAAGGACACAAACCAUAAUGAGGAAAAACCCUUCGGAUGUGAUUUUUGUCAUAAGUCAUAUGGCCGCAAGGAUUCUCUCAAGGAUCACAUAAAAGCGAUGCAUUAUGGAAGCAAACUCUGCGUAUGUUACAUUUGUCAAAAAUCAUUUUCAUCCAAGACUUACGUCGAUAUUCACAUUGAUUCAGUACAUAAUGGUAACAAACCACACGAGUGUGAAAUUUGUCACAAAUCAUUUGGAUACAAGAGUGCACUCAAAAAUCACGUAAAUAGAGUACAUAAUCGGAGCAAUCCCUUUGAAUGUGAAAUUUGUGACAAAUCAUUCGGACAAAUAGCUGAACUUAAUUAUCACACAAAUUCAAAACAUAAGCAUUACAGACCCUACAAAUGUGAAAUUUGUUACAAAUCAUUUGGAUACAAGCAUGUACUCAAAAAUCACGUAAAUACAAUACAUAAUCGGAUCAAACCCUUUGAAUGUGAAAUUUGUCAUAAAUCAUUUGGAUCAAAAUGGAACCUCAAUGGUCACACCAAUAGAAAACAUAAUCAUUACAAACCCAACAAAUGUGAAUUUUGUCCCGAAUCAUUCGGCACAAAGGACCACCUCGACAAACACAUAAAAUUGGCACAUCCCUUUGAGACUGGUUAGCUACAAAUCACUUAGAUACUGGACUAAACUUGAAAACUACAAUUUGACAGCACAUAAUCUUGACUACCUGAGAUAAUUGUGAUAAAAGACUCUUACCUAAGUAUGUAAUGCAAUUUUAGAAAAUCGUUUAAAUAAAUAUCUUUUAAUUUCGUAAAAAA